CACCUGAGAUCAGAGAGCCGUCCCGCCGCCCUCGCUGUCCCGUCUGUCCUGCAGCUGCUGUCGGUUUUAUUCUAAAAAGUCUGCUCUGCCUUCGGUGGAUCUUUCUAGAAGAAUGAGCACCUACACUGUGUCGCUGCCCGGCCCCGGCCCCUGGGGCUUCAGACUGCAGGGGGGCAAGGACUUCAACAUGCCGCUGACCAUCUCCAGGAUCACUCCGGGCAGCAAGGCGGCACAGGGUAACCUGAUGCAGGGCGACGUCAUCGUCGCCAUCGAUGGCGUCAGCACCGAUGGCAUGACUCACCUGGAGGCCCAGAACAAGAUCAAGAUGGCAAACUACAACCUGGCGCUCACCAUGUCCAAGUCAAAGCGUCCCAUUCCAAUGGCGGCACCGAGAAUGGACGCCACGAUUCCCAUCAUCCCUCACCAGCAGGUUUUCCCCCCCGCCCCUCCACCCGCCGGCUUCAACCCCGGUGUGCUGAAGGACACCCACAAGCCCAUUGAAGUAAAAGGCCCCGGCGGUAAGGCCACCAUCAUCCACGCCCAGUACAACACGCCCAUCAGUAUGUAUUCGCAGGACUCCAUCAUGGACGCCAUCGCAGGACAGACGCAGACCAAAGGCUACGAUGCUGGCCAGUACGGUCCACCUUCCACCAUGCACCAGGCCCCACAAGCUCCGCCCCCACAACAGUACCAGCCAGUGCCACAACAGUACCAGCCAAUGCCACAGCAGUACCAGCCAAUGCCACAGCAGUACCAGCCACCCAUGCAACAGGCUCCACCCACGCAGCAGAGCUCGAUUCAGAUCCCUGUCGGCUCCGCCCCCUCUAAGGUGGUCAGUACUGCCUGCAUCUACCCCUCACAGCCAGCACCGGCUCUGGCUCCAUCUGCAGCCCUACUGCAGCCCCGCCCUCCAGCUGCCGCCGCCCCCGCCCCACCUCUUGCGGCUUCGGGCUCCUCCAACAGACCCCCGUGGGUGACUGACUCAAACUUCGCCGAUAAGUUUGACCCCGGCAAAACCACCACCACCACCAAGGUGCAGCCGCUGCCCCAGGCUGCCCCUCCCCCUCCAGUAUACAUCCCCAACCCCUCCCCCGCUGGGCACCCAGCUCCCAGUCCUGCCACCAUCACCCCCAGCCCCGCCCCCAUCACCCCCAGUCCUGCCCCCUUCCCACCUGUGGCCAGAGGUGUGGCCCAGAGAGCAGAGAGGUUUGCCGCCAGCAGUCGUACGCCUCUGUGCGCCGCCUGCAACAGCAUCAUCAGGGGCCCCUUCCUGGUGGCCCUCGGCCGGUCCUGGCACCCUGAGGAGUUUAACUGUCACUACUGCCACAUGUCUCUGGCGGAUGUCAGCUUCGUGGAAGAACAGAACAACGUCUACUGCGAGAACUGCUACGAGGAGUUCUUCGCUCCGACCUGCGCUCGCUGCAACACCAAAAUCAUGGGGGAAGUGAUGCACGCCCUGCGGCAGACGUGGCACACCACCUGCUUUGUGUGCGCAGCCUGUGGGAAACCCUUUGGGAACAGCCUGUUCCACAUGGAGGACGGAGAACCGUACUGCGAGAAAGAUUACAUCGCGCUCUUCAGCACCAAGUGUCAUGGCUGCGACUUCCCCGUGGAAGCUGGCGACAAGUUCAUUGAGGCUCUGGGCCACACUUGGCACGACACCUGCUUCGUUUGUGCGGUGUGCCACGUGAACCUCGAGGGUCAGCCCUUCUACUCCAAGAAAGACAAACCUCUGUGCAAGAAGCACGCCCACGCCAUCAACGUGUAAACCCACCGGGCCGGGCCUCAUCACGGCCACGGACACGAGCUGGCGACUUUUUCAAACGCGUGGAAACGCUCUUUUAUUUUUUUGUGCAUUUAUGUGUAAAAUCUCCGCUGCCUGAUGAUUCUGCUUCAGACCCAUCCCACCCGGCUCAUCACGUACUGUAGUUAUUUUCUUAUGUUUUCUACCAUAAAUUGUGUGUGUCUGUGUGAGUGUGUGAGUGUGUGAGUGUGUGCGUGUAUGUGUGCGCGUGUGCAUUCAGUGUGACUGCUGAGCUGUUCAGUUCACAAAUACAGGUGUUUGUAUGGAGUGUGCAAGGUGCCAAAAUGUUUGUGGUUUUUUUGUGUUUAAUAAUAAUCAAUUAGUAAACUUAUAAAAACAAAAAUAUUUAACUAAACUGGCUGUGCAAUUAAGAUUAAAAUAGAUUAGAAUUUAUUAGAAGUUGCAGUUAUGAUUUUUUAUUUUUUUCUGGUGAGGGGACAAAAUACAUUAAGAUUUUUAUUUAUAUUUGUUUUAUUAAUUUUUUUAAUUGAAUGCUAUCUAAACCUGUGCUGUCAGAAUAUGUAACUUAAAACUUAAAAAUCAAUCAGAGUUUUUAAAUUAUUUUGGAAAUUAAUUUUAAAAUGAAAAAACAAAAUGUUAUU